AUGGCUCAAUUUUUGAGAGGCAAGCAAGCCGGCAUCCAGAGGGACCUGUCCGAGGGUCUCUCCCAGGAGUUCUUUCGGCUUGACGACUUCGAGCGCUGUGGUGUGAACUCGCAAAUUAGCGUCGUCGCCUAUGAUCCCGUUCAGUCCCUACUCGCCGUCGGCACCAGUGAUACCAAGUUCGGAAGCGGCCAGAUCUAUGUAUUUGGACAGCGGCGUGUCUUGGUUAUCUUUGAGUUCCCGCGCAAGGCUUCGGCCAAGUUCCUUCAGUUUUGCGCCGACAAGCUCAUCAGUGUCGAUUCGAAGAAUGAGAUUAGCAUAUACUCCCUUGCAACCAGGUCUUUGGUGACCUCCUACGCGCCUCCCGGUCAGGCCACUGCACUUGCGACGGACCCUUCCCUGGACUAUGCCUUCAUCGGCCUAUCGAACGGCGAGGUUGUUGCAUACGAUCUCGAUCGAGAGUGCCUGACACCUUUCAGGAUCCCGAACCUGUGGCUAGAACAGAACCCGCGCGCACGCCUCUUCCCGGUUGUAUCACUCGCCUUCUCCACACGAGAUAUUGGCAAGAUUUUAAUUGGAUACCCGGAGGGAGCUGUGACAUUCUCCUUCAAACAAAAUGUCACCCAAAAAUACUUUGUCUAUGAGGUUCCUCCUGGUGCUCCAGGUGGCGAUCCCGAGAUGCCCUCCAAUGCCGUGCGCCGUCCCAGACUGAUCGACGCGGUCUGGCAUCCGAACGGGAUCUUUGUACUUACCGUUCAUGAAGAUACCAGUCUUGUGCUCUGGGAUACCAAAGACGGCCGCAAGCUUCAUGCCAGGACACUCCAGGCUACAAAUGUUGACCAGCCGGGGAUGACCCGGUCUGACCCUGCAGCUGGGGAAUCUUCUGGGCCCAAGGAGCCCAUCGUCAAAGUUACAUGGUGUGCCAAAGAUAGCCCCGAUGACACCGGCAUCUUGGUUGCUGGUGGACGCUACGUAGGAGAUCCAAACAAGGGCCUAACUUUCCUCGACAUGGGCCCGACUCCCAACUAUCAGACAUCGUCGUGGCAAGUGCUUUCUGGUUAUCUCGAGCGAACACGCCGGCAUAUGAAUCUUCCUAUUCCUCCGGGAGCCCACGCCUCCACAUACUGCCUCAUCCCUCGCACCGAUCCGUAUUUUGCCGGUGCUCAUGACCCAAUCGCCAUUCUUGUCGUGCUCUCCUCAGGAGAGCUGGUCACAAUGAGCUUCCCCAGCGGUCAUGCCAUAACACCAACCAAUAUGCUUCAUCCGUUCCUUUCUUUCGUUCACCCCUUCGUGAACAAGGUCACACUUACCCCAGUCGAUCGCUCUGUCUGGCUAGGAUUGAAGGAGCGCAGAUUACAGGGACCCAAAUUCGUCUUCGGAGGUGCGGAGGCGAAGAACCCUCUGAAGCGUUUCGAGAACAGGAAUAUCAUUUCUACUGCACAUGCUGAUGGCACGAUCCGCCUAUGGGAUGCCGGCCAUGACGAUGAAAUCGAGAAUGGCGACGCCGUGCAAGUGGACUUGGCUCGGGCCGUGGGUCGAGUUCGCAAUAUCGAGGUGACCGAGAUGUCUCUCGCAAGUGGUACGGGUGAAAUGUCUGUGGGUCUCAAGAGUGGUGAGGUGAUAGUCUUCAGAUGGGGCAACAAUGCUUCGUGCGGACAGGAGAAUCCUCCUGGUGCCAAUCAGGGACCCGGGAGACUGACAUCAGUUACUCAUCGGACAGAUCCUGGGCUGAAGACCGGGCUCCUGCCCUUGACACUUCUGGAUAUGCAGCAGGGUGCAGUGACGGCUUUAAAUCACAGCCCGGUAGGUUUUGUCGCCGCUGGCUUCGAAGGAGGUAUGUUGGCGAUCAUUGACCUGCGCGGUCCGGCAAUCAUCCACACCGCCCAUCUAUCAGAGUUUACAAAGGCGCCGAAGCGGAGCAGUUUCCUGAAGAAAGGUGCUUCAGAGGAAGCUCCGCCUGAGUGGCCCACUAGUAUCGAAUUCGGUGUGAUGACAUUGGAAGGCGAAGACUACUCAAGUAUCUGCUGCUUUGUUGGUACGAACAGAGGAAACGUGGCAACGUUCAAGGUGCUUCCCUCUUCAAAUGGUACCUACACAGCAGCUCUUGCCGGGUUCUCAAACGUCGAAGAUAAGGUCAUCAAACUCAUUCCCAUCGACGCAGAGUCUGGAGGCCACGCUCUUGCUACACCCAGUGUCGUUGCCGGCCUGAGAAACGGCAUGAAAGUCAAUGGUGUUGUGAUUGCCGUCACACCCUCUGGCUGUAGAAUCUUUAAGCCACCUACCUCGAAGGGUGCACACAAGAGUUGGGAUGACUACCUUUGCGACGCGGCCGCAGUCGUGAAAAGCGAAGGCCGUGGCUACAGUUUAGUCGGACUAUUUGGCGAUGGCAACGCGCGUGCAUUCUCCAUUCCUGGUCUCAGGGACCUAGGCUGCGAAAGAAUCAACCACAUCGCUGAUAUGCGACGACUGCCAGAGGCAUGCAUCACACCCGGUGGAAGUGUGAUGACAUGGACCGGCCCUUCACAGAUUGGGCUAUUCAACGUCUGGGGAACUGGUUGCAAAUUGGCUGUUUCUCAAGAUCGUCUUUACGACCAGGACAAGGUUCCCCCCACUCGUCCCACAAUCACCAACAUUCAGUGGAUCUCCGGCACUCAAUAUGUUUCACCUGCAGAUAUGGAUAUCCUGAUUGGAGGCCCCGACCGCCCGCCAUCCAAGCGCAUGGUUGAGCAAAUGAAAAUGGAGGACCAAGAGCGCCGCAAAGCACUCCGUGAAGGCCGUGCGCCACCACCCGAGCUGCAGGGCAAUCAGGAAAGCUACUGGUCUUCCAUGUCGCGCGCAGUCCAAGAACGCACCGAGCGGCUUGGUCUGGCAACCGAUACCAUGGACCGACUAGAGGAGAAUAGUAGCAACUUCGCCAGCGACGUGGGUAAAUACGUACAGAACCAAAAGAGAAAGGCAGUCUUUGGCGCACUGGGGUCGAAAUUCGGGUUCUAGGUUUUUUGUUCAAGCGGCC